GCACAGUGAAACAAUCAGUCUAUAAAUACUCCAGCCCAUGAAUUUAAAACAUAUGAACAAAGUAAAAAAUAGUUUUUGGAUCAGAUCUAUGAUGAUGCAGAAGCUGGUGGCUUUGCUCAUCCUGCUCUUUGGCAGCUCUACAAAGUCAGAAGAUCUGACAGGGAAAGUUUUUACCUUCCCAUCGGAGUCUAUUACUCGAUAUGCAACGCUCACGCCUAAUGUGGAUGGACCUUAUUCAGCUGUGACACUCUGCCUGCGAUCCUUCCCUCAAUAUGGAAGAAUACAUUCCAUCUUCUCCCUGGCCACACAAUCAAAAGACAAUGAUUUUUUGCUGUAUUACCCAGAAAAAGGAAAAUAUAGUUUGCAUGUCCACAAUAACAUUCAUGAAUUUAAGGGGAUGCCAGACAAUCAACACGAAUGGAACUCGGUCUGCUGGACCUGGGACGGUAAAACCGGACUUACUCAAUUGUGGGUGAAUGGAAAGCGCAGUAUAAGGGCAAAGAUCUACACAGGAUCUAUUGCAGCUACAACUCCUAUCAUAAUCCUUGGCCAAGAUCAGGACAGUUAUGGUGGGGGCUUUGAUCCAAAACAGUGUUUUGUUGGAGACCUUUCAGAUGUCCACAUGUGGAAUUAUGUUCUUAAUCCUUGUGAAAUCCAGACCUACAUGAAUGGAUUUGCAUUUACACCAGGGAAUGUUCUGAAUUGGAAAACACUAAAUUACAAAGUAAAUGGAGAAGUGUUUGUUGAACCAAACGAUUCAGCUUGCCGUUCUUAGAAAGCAAGCAAACUGUAAAGUAUGCAAUACAAAAGUAAAAAUGUGCUAAUAAAUAAAAGCUUUGCUCUGAGGAUA